AUGGCCUCCCAGAUCAGUCAGAACUAUCACCAGGAUUGUGAAGCUGCUGUCAACAAGCAGAUUAAUGUGGAGCUCACUGCCUCCUAUCUCUAUCAGUCUUUGAUGUCCUACUUUGACCGGGACGAUGUUGCCCUCCCCCAUUUCUCCCGGUUCUUCAAAGAUCAGUCCCAGGAGAAGCGGGAACAUGCAGAGAAGCUGCUGAAAUUCCAGAAUCAGCGUGGAGGCCGAGUCCUCCUCCAGGAUGUGAAGAAGCCAGAGAGGGAUGAGUGGGGUAACAGCCUGCAGGCAAUGCGGGUUGCCCUGGAUCUGGAGAAGAAUGUGAACCAGAGUUUGCUGGAUCUACACCAACUCGCCACUGCCCAGACUGACCCUCACAUGUCCUACUUUGACCGGGAUGAUGUGGCCCUCCCCCACUUCUCCAGGUUCUUCAAAGAUCAGUCCCGGGAGAAGCAGGAACAUGCAGAGAAGCUGCUGAAAUUCCAGAAUCAGCGUGGAGGCCGAGUCCUCCUCCAGGAUGUGAAGAAGCCUGAGAGGGAUGAGUGGGGUAACAGUCUGCAGGCAAUGCAGGUUGCCCUGGAUGUGGAGAAGAAUGUGAACCAGAGUUUGCUGGAUCUACACCAACUCGCCACAGCCCAGACUGACCCUCAUCUGUGUGACUUCCUGGAGACUCACUAUUUGGAUGAGGAGGUGGAGAUCAUCAAGCAACUCGGGGACUACAUCACCAACCUGAAGCGCCUGGGAGCCCCUGAGAAUGGGAUGGGAGAGUACCUGUUUGACAGGCUCUCCCUGGAGGACAGCAGUUAG